AUGAAAAAAAUUCUGAUCCGGUCGAGGUGGCAACGAUCCUUUGUCAAGAAAAAGGUGGCGCCCGAAGGCUUUUUUCCAGUAUACGUUGGACCGGAUAAACAAUGGUUCGCGCUCAAGACCAAGUAUGCUAAUCAUCCGUUGUUCCAGAUGCUAUUAGAAGAUGCUCAAGUUGAAUACGGGUAUAACACACCGGGUCCAAUAUUGCUUCCAUGUGAAGUGGAUCUUUUUUACAGGGUGGUGGGAGAGAUAGAAGCUAGAGAAAUGGAGCCCCAUGGGUCAUGUGGGUUCGGAUACGGGUUGUUUAGUUGGUUUGAUCCGAGCCGGAGGUUGGUUAACGGCGGCGAUCAUGAUCAGAUGGGCAAAGGAUAUGGUAGUUAUGGAGUUCUUACUCCCUCACGUUUGGUUAAGAUCAAUUAA